AUGUCUCAAUCAAGAACCAGUCCUCUGGCGCCAUGGAUGAUUGCUUUAAUUGUGGUAGCGGUAUUGCUGGUCUUAGCCACUGCCGUUGGUUUGCUUGUGUACUUUUUGAUAUAUGAUCAGAAGCUAUUCUUUUACAAUGCUUCCUUUAAAAUCAAAAAUAAGCAAUAUCAGCCUAGCUAUGACAAACAGACUUCAGCAGAAUUUAGAGAACUGAGCAGAAGUAUUGAGAUUUUGAUUAAACAAGCAUUUCACGCUACUCCCUUAGAAAACAGGCUCAUUAAUGAACGUGUUGUCAGGCUAAGCCCGGGGAAUGAUGGUGUCCUGGCAGAUGUGCUGCUAAUAUUUAGGUUCAUUGCCACAGAUAAUAAAGAGACACUAUGGACAAAUAUUUAUCAAAGUUUGCUGAAAAAACUGAAGUCAUCAACAUGGCCCUUAAGUAUUGAUAUUUCUUCUUAUAAGCUUUCAGGCAAGUGUUACAGAUGUCAUUUGUAA